AUGAAUGCCACUACAGUUAAAUUCUACGAUCCAAACCAGCAACAUGCUGGUAUCAAACGCCGAUUUAUAGAUACCUAUAUUUAUCAUACUUUAAACGAAUUUGUUCUGUCUAUUAUACAACAACCACAGCAAAAAACCUACGUCUUCUUAUGUUGUGAUAACGUUAAUGAAGUUUUAAAUGUAAUACAUGAUCUACAUCAAAUCCUAUCAGUUUAUGUAUGUCAAUGUGAUCGUCAUAGUCCUUAUCAGCCAUUGAAUCUUUCUUUUCAAGAAUUGAAAAAUGUAGAACACCCAAAUAUUACUGAUAAAAAUCAAUUAAAAGCACAAUUAUGUCUCGUCAAUUUAUCUAUUUGCACUCUAGACGGAAAUAUCAUGGGAAUACAACGUUAUAACAGAAAGUUUCGAAAAUAUAUGCGGCAAGCUACUUUCAAUCCGGCGGAAUCACGUGAAGAAAGAGAGCCUGUAAGCGAUGGGUCUGCUGGUAGCGAUAUCGGUGAAGAAGAAAGAGGUAAUUGA